AUGGGACUUUUAAUCUAUGAUUUGGACCAUGGGGACAGGCAACUGUGUUUUUGUGCUCAGCUCUGGGUAAUUUUGAUAACUCUUGCAGGUAAAAUCUCUCCGACCAGCUCCGAUGCUCUCCUCAGCUCCUCGGCGGUGACGGCCAGUCCUUCGCCACCCAAUGUGUACCUCCCCGCCAACUUCAAAAUGUCCAAUGCACAACUGGCUUUCUUCUUGCGGGAGGCUCAGAUCACAGGACAGACAGUUGGCGGCGGUGGCGGCGGCAAGGGAAGCAGUAGCCCGAGCACCGGACACCCGCUGCAGCGCUCGGAGAGUUUCGUGGUUUUCCAAACAAAAGAAAUCCCCGCCAUCAACAUAAGCUUUGGGCCUUUUGCCCGGGACCAGGCGCUGUCCAAGGAGUUGCUCCAGCCAACCAGUCCGCUGGAUAUUCCUGGCCAGCUGACGGUCAACUGGAAGGUGAGGGCCUUCAUUGUCCAGGCACGGGUCUUCUCCAACAACCCCACGGUCCAGGUGUUUUUCUACAUCGCCGGCCGCGACUGGGACGACUUCAAGGCCCAGGACCAGCUGCCCUGCGUCCGUCUGCACGCCUUCCGGGACGUCCGCGAAAUCAAAACCUCCUGCCGCAUGAAAGGCAACCUGGCGCAGUGCUUGGCUCAGCUGGAGCUGCCCCCGUCCUGGUUUAACACCAACGUGGCCCCGCUGGGCCGGAGGAAAGGCUCCUCUGACGGGCUCCUGGACGGGCUCACCAGUGAGACCCUGCAGGCGGAGCUCUACUACACGCUCCACGGGCCCAGUCUGGAUGGGGAGUGCAGUGAGGGCUCAGGUCAUAGGGGUGGUGGUGGUGGUGGUGGUGUUUCCAGAGGAGAGCCUCUGUCACAGCACCCCCUGCUGCGCAUCGGGAGCAUCAGCCUGUACCAGGCCAGCCAGGAGCAGCUGCUGGUGGACAAGCAGCUGGACAAGAACAUGUUCCUCAGGCUGCCCGAGAAGCCCCUGAAGCCCGGAGAAACCCUCAGAAUCUUCCUCUACCUGAUGCCCAACUCCACCGUGGAGCAGUUCACCCUCAGGGUCAAAGCGAAGAAAGGAGUGAACCUGCUCGAGACCAAAUCGAAGAACGCCCAGUGGAAGGUGGACUGGGAGAUUCAGUCCGGCGCCAAGCACUCCAUCACCACCAUCGAUGUGAACAAGAACAAAGCGGUCAAACAGGGGGACGUUUUGGGCAACGUCGAGGUGAUGCAGUUGGACUUCGAGAUGGAGAACUUCACCAGCCUCUCGGUGACCAGGAGGAUCAACUGGAACAUCGACUACAAGGGGCAGAACCCGCCUCCGGACUCAGAGAAGGUGGUGACGGAGCUGACGGUGGUGCAGCGAGACAUUCAGGCCAUCAUCCCUCUGGCCAUGGACACUGAGAUCAUCAACACGGCCAUCCUGACCGGACGCACUGUGGCCAUUCCCGUCAAGAUGGUCUCCAUAGAGAUGAACGGAGCAGUCACUGACGUCUCAGCCUUUGUGCAGUGCAAGUCCUCCAAUGAAGACAUUGUUAAGGUGUCCAUGAAUUGCGACUACGUGUUCGUCAACGGGAAGGAGACGCGGGGAUCCAUGAGUGCCAGGGUGAUCUUCAGCUACGAGCACCUGAGCGCACCGCUGGAGCUGACCGUCUGGGUGCCCAAACUCCCCCUGCAGGUGGAACUCUCCGACAACAAUCUGAGCUUCAUCAAAGGAUGGAGGGUUCCCAUUCUGCCCGACCGGAGGAGCACCAGAGACAGCGACGUCGACGACGAAGACGACGAGCGCCGGGUGAGCCGUGGGUGCACCCUGCAGUACCAGCGGGCCCUGGUGAAGGUGCUGACCCAGUUCCACACCACCUCCACAGAGGGCACCGACCAGGUCAUCACCAUGCUGGGGCCCGACUGGCAGGUGGACGUCACGGACCUGGUCCAGGACUCGCUGAAGGUGGCCGACCCGCGGAUCGCCGAGCUGGUGGACAGGACGGUGCUGGUGGGUCUGGAGCUGGGAUCCACCGUGCUGAAGGUGGAGUCUCCGCUGGCAGUGGACGCGGUGUUGGGGGAGUCUGCGUUCUCCGUCACCGACGACAAGGUCUCCAUCACCGAGAUGAGAGUUCACGGCGUCUCCGGCCUGACCCUGUCUCUGCAGCCCAGCCCCGGGAACAGCCACACCAUGGUCGCCAAGGCAACCGGCGUCCAGACACUCACGGCUCCAAAGCAGGAGGCCAGUUUGUCCGUCUGGAUGCUUUUCAGUGACAACACAGCUGCCACUCUGACUUACUUUGAUCCUAAGGACUACAACCUUAAUGCCUCCACACUGGAUGACAGAGUUGUGUCGGUAUCCCAGGAGCCUCAGCAACGUUGGCCUGUGCUGGUGGCAGAAGGGGAGGGCUCUGGUGAGAUGGUCCGUUUAGAGAUGACCAUCUGUGAGGCCUGCCAGAAGACCAAACGCAAAAGCGUCAUCGCAUCUGCUCCAGUUUAUGUCAAGGUCCGCUUUGGCCCAGAGGAAGAUUCUGAGGAAGAGGCAACCACCGAGGGCGAGAUAGAGCUGGCGCCCGUCACAAGGCGUCCAAUCAUUGAUCCGAACAUCAGUGGAAGAAUUUAUGAGACGUCUAAUGAGCAGCCUGCCAGCGUUCCCAUUGAUUACACAAAUUUCCCCACCAGUAGCAACCAGGAGCGACCGACUGAGAGUGAUGAGGAGGAGGAGGAAGACGACUUUGUGCAUUCUCCUCGCAACAUGACUGACCUUGAGAUCGGCAUGUACGCUCUACUGGGAGUCUUCUGUCUGGCCAUCUUAGUCUUUCUCAUCAACUGCAUCGUCUUCGUGCUCAAAUACCGCCACAAGCGGAUCCCGCCCGAGGGUCAGGCCAACAUGGACCAUUCCCACCACUGGGUGUUCCUGGGAAACGGCCAGCCACUGAGGGCCCAGUGUGAUCUGUCACCACAGACGGUAGAAAGUCCCAGUAACCCUCUGGAGGGCGUACAGACUUGCUGCCAUGGGGACCACCACAGCAGUGGCAGCUCGCAGACUAGCGUUCAAAGCCAGGUGCACGGGCGGGGCGACGGCAGCUCCGGGGGCUCUACGAAGGAGAACGGCGAGGAGGCCAGUUCACCAACCUCUAAGCGCAAGAGAGUCAAGUUUACCACCUUUACCACCCUUCCCACGGAGGAGCUGCCCUAUAACUCCAUCCCCAUUGCAGAUGAAGAGGACAUUCAGUGGGUUUGCCAGGAUAUGGGCUUUCAAGACCCCGAGGAACUGCAUGAUUACAUGCGCAGAAUAAAAGAAAUAGCCUGA